GACCGCCAGCCGGAGAACUUAGUUAGUCUCAGCCUGAAGCCCGCAGCGACGAGAUGGCGACAAUGGAGCGGAAAGUCCUAAUGCUGGUGCUGGUGAUUGGCAUGUUAGCCGGAAUGAAUAUAGGAGCGGACGCCGCACAGAUCAGCUUUGGCACCUGUACGCCACAACAGAGCGAUGAACGCGGUCAGUGCGUCCACAUUGCAAGCUGUCCUUACCUGGCCGACAUCCUGAAGGCGAGCCCCCAGACACCUGCCCAGCGCGAGCUGCUCUCCAAGAGCCAGUGCGGCCUGGACAAUAGACGACAGCAGACGGAUCUUAUGAACCGCAUCCUGGUCUGUUGCCCGCAAAGCAAGCGGGGGGUCAGUGGAGCGCAGGAAGCCCCAGAUGAGGAUGGCCAGCAACCUGGCAAUGUGCUGCCCGGAACCGACACAUGCGGAUUCCUAUUCGGUGAUCGCAUUGUUGGUGGUACCAAUACGACGCUCUGGGAAUUCCCUUGGAUGGUGUUACUUCGGUAUAAAAAACUGUUUUCCGAAACUUAUAGUUUCAAUUGCGGCGGCGCCUUGAUUAACUCCCGUUACGUUCUGACCGCCGCCCACUGCUUGGCCAGCGAUGAUCUGGAUAAGUCAGGAUUAGUCCUGAACAGUGUUCGCCUGGGUGAGUGGGACACGCGCACCGAUCCCGACUGCCAAACCCAGACCAAUGGCAAGCGCGUCUGCGCCCCCAACAGCAUCGACAUAGAGGUGGAGAAGGCUAUCCUCCAUGAGCAGUUUGUGCCCAACUCAGUGGAUCAGAGGAACGAUAUCGCGCUGCUUCGACUCAAGCGAAGUGUGAGCUUCACCGAUUACGUGCGACCCAUCUGCUUGCCAACCAGCGAGGAGCUGCGAAGGAACCUAUUCGUCGGCUACACCAUGGAUGUGGCCGGCUGGGGAAUCACCGAGGAUUUGCUGCCCAGUCCAAUCAAGCUGAAGAUCUCUGUUAGCGUGUGGAACCUGACCGAGUGUCAGGACAAGUACACCACCUUCCAGGUGCACUUGAACAACUCGCAGAUGUGUGCCGGCGGCCAGUUCAAGGUUGAUACCUGUGGCGGAGAUUCCGGCGGACCAUUGAUGGCAUCCAUAAACACGGGCGGCGGUCGUGAGGUCUUUUACAUCGCCGGCAUUACCUCCUACGGUACCCGACCGUGCGGCCUUAAGGGCUGGCCAGGCGUCUAUACCCGCACCGGAGAAUUUAUUGAUUGGAUACAACAGAAAUUGGAGGCAUAAUAAAUAAAAUUGCUAAUUUA